CCGGCGGGAUCUACGCGGCCGGGCUGAAACGCGGGCAGAGCAGAGGCCGCAGCGAGGGACGGCGGGAGCGGGCCGGGCCGGGUUGCAUGGCGCCAGCGACGUCCUCCUGAGCGGCGCGGGCAGCGACGGGCGGCGGGCGGAUCGGGCCGCGGCUCUUCCUCGCCAUGGGGGACGUGCUGUCCACGCACCUGGACGACGCCCGGCGCCAGCACAUCGCAGAGAGAACUGGGAAGAUCCUGACGGAGUUCCUCCGCUUUUAUGAGGACCAGUAUGGCGUGGCCCUGUUCAACAGCAUGCGCCACGAGAUCGAGGGCACGGGGCUGCCGCAGGCCCAGCUGCUCUGGCGCAAGGUGCCGUUGGAUGAGCGCAUCAUCUUCUCGGGGAACCUCUUCCAGUACCAGGAGGACAACAAGAAGUGGAGGAACCGCUUCAGUCUCGUGCCUCACAACUACGGGCUGGUGCUCUAUGAGAACAAAGUGGCCUACGAGCGGCAGGUCCCACCCCGGGCUGUCAUCAACAGUGCCGGCUACAAAAUCCUCACCUCCGUGGACCAGUACCUGGAGCUCGUUGGCAACUCCUUACCAGGGACCUCGUCAAAAUCGGGCACCGCCCCCAUCCUCAAGUGCCCCACGCAGUUCCCGCUCAUCCUCUGGCACCCUUCUGCCCGGCACUACUACUUCUGCAUGAUGACGGAAGCCGAGCAGGACAAGUGGCAGGCGGUCCUGCAGGACUGCAUCCGGCACUGCAACAAUGGGAUCCCAGAGGACUCAAAGGUAGAGGGCCCCGCAUUCACGGAUGCCAUCCGCAUGUACCGCCAGUCAAAGGAGCUGUACGGCACCUGGGAGAUGCUGUGUGGGAAUGAGGUGCAGAUCCUGAGCAACCUGGUGAUGGAGGAGCUGGGCCCUGAGCUGAAGGCAGAGCUCGCCCCGCGGCUGAAGGGGAAACCACAGGAGCGACAGCGCCAGUGGAUCCAGAUCUCCGACGCUGUGUACCGCAUGGUAUACGAGCAGGCCAAGGCACGCUUCGAGGCGGUGCUGGCCAAGCUGCAGCUGGCCCGGCCGGCCAUGGAGGCCACCAUUCGCACAGACAUGGACCAGAUCAUCACCUCCAAGGAGCACCUGGCCAGCAAGAUCCGAGCCUUCAUCCUUCCCAAGGCAGAGGUGUGCGUCCGGAACCACGUCCAGCCCUACAUCCCGUCCAUCCUGGAGGCCCUGAUGGUGCCCACCAGCCAGGGCUUCACCGAAGUGCGGGACGUCUUCUUCAAGGAGGUCACCGACAUGAACCUGAACGUCAUCAACGAGGGCGGCGCCGACAAGCUGGGUGAGUACAUGGAGAAGCUGUCGCAGCUGGCGUACCACCCCCUCAAGAUGCAGAGCUGCUACGAGAAGAUGGAGCCGCUACGGCUCGACGGGCUGCAGCAGCGCUUCGACGUGUCCAGCACAGCCGUGUUCAAGCAGCGGGCCCAGAUCCACAUGCGAGAGCAAAUGGACAAUGCCGUGUACACCUUUGAGACCCUCCUGCACCAGGAGCUGGGGAAGGGGCCCACCAAGGAGGAGCUAUGCAAGUCGAUCCAGCGGAUCCUGGAGCGGGUGCUGAAGAAAUACGACUACGACAGCAGCUCGGUGCGGAAGCGGUUCUUUCGGGAGGCGCUACUGCAGAUCACCAUCCCGUUCCUGCUCAAGAAGCUGGCGCCCACGUGCAAGUCGGAGCUGCCCCGGUUCCAGGAGCUGAUCUUCGAGGACUUUGCCAGGUUCAUCCUGGUGGAGAACACAUACGAGGAGGUGGUGCUGCAGACGGUCAUGAAGGACAUCCUGCAGGCCGUGAAGGAGGCCGCCGUGCAGAGGAAGCACAACCUCUACCGGGACAGCAUGGUCAUGCACAACAGCGACCCCAACUUGCACCUGCUGGCCGAGGGCGCGCCCAUCGACUGGGGUGAGGAGUACGGUGGCAGCAUGGGGGACAGUGGCAGCCCCAGCGUCCCAGAAGCGGCCACUCAUUCGGAAAAGCGACGGCGUGCCAAGCAGGUGGUGUCUGUGGUCCAGGACGAGGAGGCAGAGCUGCCGUUCGAGGCCGGCUCUGAGCCACUAUCACCUGCGUCCCCGGACAGUGUCACCGAGCUCCGGGGCCUGCUGGCCCGGGAUCUGCGAGCUGAGAGCCCCCAGCCGGCCGGCCCUCUGCUCAACGGGGCCCCAUCUCAGGAGAGCCCCCAACCCACGGCAGCCCCUGAGGCCUCGUCGCCACCUGCCUCACCCCUCCGGCAACCCCCUCCUGGAAAGGCUGCGGACCUUGAGCCACCCAAACCCAGUGACCAGGAGACCGGGGAGCAGGUAUCCAGCCCUGGUGGCCGCCCCCCCAUCCACACCACCACCGAGGACAGCGCAGGGGUGCAGACGGAGUUCUAGGCUCCUCCCCUGAGCUCCUGCUGGACAUGGCACAUGGGCCACCCCCUCUGAGACACUGGCAGGCUUGGCUCCAGGUGGGGAGCCCCGGAUCUAGGCCUCGGGGUGGAGGGAGGGGAGGGC